CCUGAUCCUAGCAUUAGUCAAUCUAAAAUUCAAAUAAAAUAUAGACCAAAAUGUUUGAAGAGAGAGGUCAGCAGAUUUUUGCUGCGAAAAACACGCGCACCAGCCUUUUCUCACAAGUCCGCAGGUUGUCUUUCUCUUCUACGCCGCCCAAAUCUCAUAUAUAUAUAUAUAUAUAUAUAUAUAUAUAUAUGCCUCACCCUCAUUAUAUGCACCAUUGUUUACUGUGACUCCUCUCUCUCUCUUAGAUUCUCUCUCUUCAGAAACCAAAGAUGGCGGAAUCUAAGGCUGAGACCUCUGUUGAUUCUAUUAGGAAAUGGGUCGUCGACCACAAGCUUCGAACUGUUGGGUGUUUGUGGCUAAGCGGUAUAACGGGAUCAAUCGCUUACAAUUGGUCUAGACCCGCCAUGAAAACCAGUGUCAAGCUCAUUCACGCCAGGUUGCAUGCACAGGCUCUUACACUGGCUGCAUUAGCGGGAGCUGCUGUGGUCGAGUAUUGUGACCAAAAAGGGGGAACCAAGGCAGAUAGAUAUCCAAAGUUCCUCCCUGCGGGAAAAAAUUGAGUGAAUCCUUCCAGUUCAACAUGCAUCUGUUGAACUUUUUUUUGCUCGACUUUCCUGAACAGUGGGCAGUACAUAUCUUUGUGUUAACAAACAAUAUUAUGUCAUUAAUAUUUAUUCCUGACUUCUAUUUGUUCCAUUUAACAUGUUACGAUUACAUUAUAUGAUUCCGAGGUCUUACAAGUAGUCGGAUAAAGGGAAGUUUUGUAUUUGCUAUUUAUAUAAAUAACAGGCUGAUCUUUUGAGCAUUUGUGUGUUA